GGGUGCCACAUGUGGAGCAGGAUCUGCUUACCCUUCCGAAGCACCUGAGAUCACCCCCAGUUUUUGGUGGGGUUCGUGUUGCUUAGUCUUUGGUUUUCUAUGUUGUGUCAUCUGUACUAUCAUUUGUCUGUUUGUCUUUUUAUUUUUGGCCAUGGCGUUGUCAGUUUGUUUUCGAUCUAUGAGUUUGACUGUCCCUCUGGUAUCUUUCGUCCCUCUUUUACCGUUAUCUUAAUGAUAUUUUUCCGUUAUCAAGAAUUUUCUAAAUAUACUGCCGAAAUUUACCCAAAGGAACUUGCUUUAAAUAAAUCAAAUAUAAUUUACGGUAAUAACUGUCCUUUCCUUGAUUUAGAUAAUUAUUUCAGUUUAACAUUGGAAACUCUACACAAAAAUUUCAAUGUUGCAGAUCUUGAAUAUUGCUUUAAUUACAACUGGUAUAAUAUGAUAUUAUCCAAAAUAGUUUUAAUCCUUUUAUUUGGUCAGUUAAAUGAGUUUUAUAGUUGUGAGUUAAAUAUGAUCUAGUACUGGUUAGUUAUUAACUGUUUUACCUUUGUAGUCUCGCACAUGCAAUUUUAUAUAUUAUAAUGCAUACAGAAAGGUAGAAAUAAAUAGAGAAUUACCAAGGAUGCAUAACCAAAGUUGCAAUCCUUAUGGAUUUGUUGUAGAUUUUUGUUUAAUAAUUACUCGUUGAAGGUCUUUGGCAAAUAGUUCAUGUAUAUUCAGAACGAUAACAAAUUAACAAUGAAUAAUAUAGGUAGGUCGAAUGAAUGGAGGUCAGGAAAUUUGAACUGUCACUUGAAAAUGCAUGUAUGUACGAUAGGGAACAGACAUUUUGCCUGGCAAUUGGCCACAUACGGAGUCUGAAGGGAGUAGUUAUAAGGAUAAUUUAAUGUGCAUAGAGGGCGAAACUCAUCCUACAAUGGAUUUCACAUUUAAUGUUACCAUUCUGAUCGGACAAUAUAAUUCUUUAGUGUGGAAGAGUUACAUCACGAUAACGAUUCCACUGUGUAUACCUUUAGUUGAGGGCUAUUAGACUAACUGGUUAAGGAAAGCAUAGAAGAAUGUAUAAUGAUAUCCCCAGCGCUUCUCGGUGGAUAAAGAAGAGUGGUUUGAAUUCAUGUUAUUAAACUGCAAAGGCAGUAUUUUAAUUUUGCGCUUAUCAAAACAAUGGAAUUUUCGUAUCUUACGACGUUCCUGCAAAGUGCACCGACCAAUAUCUUUAUUAAUGUUUUAAGUGGCGAUUCGUGUAACGUAACGAUGCAAGUGUCCUACUUUACCCGCUUUACCUAUUUAACAAUAUUUGUUCAAGACAUUGAUAGCAUAUUCAAUUAAUAGUCAUAUAAAUGCUCAGUACAUCUCUUCUACAUGUGUUCCCUUUAUAUGAAAAUAAAGGGAUGUGAUAUGAUUGUAAAUUGAACAACUAUCACCAGAGACAACAGAAGGAGGUUUUUUUCCUGUCAGAACAAAUUUUACCAAAAAAAUACAGCAGCUGGAAUUUUUAUUUUUAUUUUUUUUCUUUUCGUUAUUUUUUUGUUUUAUUGGUAAGCAUGUUGGAAAUCCAUUUCAUUGGUAAGUGCCUCAUAUAUGUUUUUUUAUUAUACUGCUACAUUAAUAUCUGUUAUAACUGUUUGAUAACAAGCUUAUAUGAGGUUAUCUAAAAUCUAUACUUCCGUUAUCAUCUUGGGUUUUAUAAUUAGUGUAUUAUCGUAAUUAAUAUCCUAUAUUCUCGACAGUUCCCUUCAUUGUGAAGGUAAAACUAUCAUAUAUCAAAUUCAAUAAUGAAAUUACUCAUUAAUUGGAGUGUCACCUUUCUCUGACGUAAAGGAUGCAAGGGAUAUAUUAAGAGCAAACGACAACAUUUCUUCUCAAGGGGCUAACAGACUAUAAACGUGAUUAGGUUUAUUUAAGACGUCCGAAGGUAAAAUGUGUAUAUAAAACUUUAAAAUUUAUCAUAUUAUAUAAUUAUUUUAUAUAUUUUUACAUUACCUUAUUACAUUUUAUAACUAUUUUAUUUGUGUCUUUGACAUAAUCUAAUGUUCGUGAUAAAUUAAAAGCAGAUAAGAGUUAUAGCCAAAGUUUGAUUUCAACUAAUUGUCCCUUAAUACAUAUAUUUGAUAAUUUGUAUAGCCAGUCUUUUCUUAAUUUAUUUUACAGGACAGACUUAUAUAUUGGUUAUACAUGUGGUAUAAAAAUGAACACUUCUAUCAUCAAAGCUAUUGAAAAUGUCACAGAAGAUCUGCAGUCUAAUGCAACAAACUACCAACAAGACUGGCCAAAAACUGUUGAGACGUACUUGAUUGGUAACAGCGUGUUUUUAGCUGUCUGCAUGGUUAUAGGAGUAAUAGGGAAUGCAAUUGUUGUGGCUGUGUAUAAAUUGGAAAUGAAAGACACGUCUACAGAACGAUACUUUAUUCCAGUUUUAGCUGCGGCAGAUAUUUUGGCGACGAUUGUUGGUUCUAUCACUUGUACAAUAUGGAAUUCCCUACAAUCGAGUUUUACCAGUAAUAGCCUGUGUAAAGUCAUCCUGUUUUCAAUUGCAAGCAGUGCAUCAUUAUGUCUUUUCCUUUUCCUGUGCAUUGCAUUCCAACGAUAUUUAUUGAUAUGUCGCAAGUACCAACUCAACUUAUUGCAGCGUCGAAUCAUGAUUGGUAUUUCUGCCAUCCUUGGGAUAUGUAUGGCAAUACCAUUUACAUUGACAUACGGUAUAAAUGAGUUUUCUGUUGAAGGAAGGUCAGGUGGUCAACGAUGUGGCAGACUUAAACGUGAAGAUGUUUACCCGGUGGCGGUUGCACACUCCAUUGUGUUCGGAAUUAUCAUGCAAAUGACGUGCACAUGUCUAGUUUUUUUCUAUGGCAGAAUUGGUUGUACAAUAUUUGGGCAUUUCAAAUCUCAGUCACAAAAGAAAAAAAUGCAAUUCAACACAUCGUCUAUUGGGUCUUCGGGAAGUACAUCCGAUAAGAAAACAAAUGAAAAAAAAGACGAUACCUCUGCAGAUAAUUGCGGGAAAAAGAAUAACUCAAGUAGCCAAGAAGACAUCAACUUUCCAUCAACAGAUAUGAAUCAUCAUAACGAUGAAGCAUUGCAGAGGCACAUCAAGUCUGAUAGAGGUUUAGGUACACAGAACAUGCUGAAAUCAGAGUUACAAGAAUCAUCAGUGGGGUGUGCAGUUCCAAAAAGGGGAGCUUUUUCUCAGUCAACAACACGUGAGGGAAAUGAUAAACGUAACAAAAGAAACAAACGGUUUAAGACCAAGUUUUCUUUGAUGUUUGUUGUAGUAACCAGUGUGUCUAUAGUUUGUUAUUUACCAGUUGGAGCAAUCGUGAUGCUAGAAGGGUUUAUUCCGGAGUUCUGGGACAGUCUUACUCAGAUGGAGCUCAUUGUUGUGGUAUGGUUCUACCGGUCGUAUAUCAUCAACAGCAUCGCUAAUCCAAUUAUCUACGCUUUCCUUGAUGUCGAAUUUUACAAUGGACUACAAAGACUUUAUCAAAGAUGCUUCAAAAAAUGAUUUUGUUAAAAAAGAUACUAAAAGAAACCUCUCAAAAUGUGCUUUGCUUGCAAUGUUUUAUGUUUAUUCCAUUUCAAUUACAAGGUAAACUGUAAAAGUCCUUUUCCAUCCAAAACAAGUUGUAAUUCUAGUUUAAAUUAUCGAUGAUAAUAUCCAUAUAUCGAACCUCUUGACUUGAUCUUACUCGUGUCAUUUCUUUAGCUAUACAAUAACUUCAAUAUACAACAGUAUGUGAAACUUUUCGUUAAUUUAUUUUGGAGUAGUUCAAUCAUAUAUCAUAUACCUUAAUUUUAUUAAUACCUUAGAAUAUAUUAAACAUGAUAUCUCAUUUACAUAAACACAAAUUUGAUAAGACACAAGUCAAACGGACUUGUGAAGUCUUCACCAUUUAACAUAUGUAACCAUACAAUGUAUAAGAGCAUGCAUACAUUACAUAUUAUUUCAACAUUUGUAUAAAUUGGACAGAAAAUUAAGUGGCGCAAAAGAAGAAAGAAAAAAAAACAGAACACAAAAAAAAAAACAACUACGAAAUGAAAUAAUAAAAACAAAACAAACAAACAAAAAACAAAAAACAAAAACAGCUCAACUUAGGAUGAAGAUGUGUGUGUGGUCAUAUUUUACUAUUAAACAAUAAGAAAUAUAUUCGACCCUCUAAUAAAUCAAACACAUGUUUGAAGAUAUUUUCAUUUUGCUUCUGAGUAAGUAGACAACUUACCUAGGUUAAUAGUUCUAUAUGUAAUGGUCAGUUAUUUGGAAGCCAGCUAAGAUUUUCUGAAAGCUUACUUCAUUUUUUUCUGAAUAUAAUAUACACUUAAAAAUGAAAUGAUGCGAAUCCUUGCGAUACACACCGCAGCGGCAAGAUGGAUUAGAAAUGAUCAACGCAAUUCAGAUCAUAAUUUAAGAAGGAGUAAGAACAUCGAAGUUGGGUAAGAAUAAUAUUGAGUUUACGAGUAUUUAUAACUGUCGGGAUUUAAGUUUUUUUAUUUUCGAUUUAAAUUUUCCUAUUAUAUCUGCUUCACGGGUUGAAGUAUCAAGGUUAUUUCAUAGACGACAGAUAGUUGAUAGUAUGUAUGAUUCAUUCUUUAAUGUGAGUCUGCAGAAUGGAAGUAUUAUAUCGUUAUCAUUGCAUAAAAAAUGGCGAAGUGGAUAAACAGUCAUACUUUGGAUUGUUAGUGGAAUUAAAUUACUCAAAUAUUCUGGAUCAUUAUUUUGUUUAAUUUUAUCAAACAUUUGAAUUUUUCUUCUCUCUCUUCUUUCAGCCAACGCUUCCCACCCAAGUUCCUUGUAAAUUAUCCUUGAGCUUGUAGGUAAUUCCGUAACUAUACGAGCAACUUGAAGCUGUAAUUGCAUUUUGUUUCUGUUGGAUAGUUGUCUCAUUGGCAAUCAUACCUCCUUAUUUUUAUAUUAUAUACCAGUUUUCUUUGGUAUUUAAUUUUGUAAUGAUAACAUUGUAUUGUAUUGUUUGUUGUGAGUUUUGUGUAUUGUUUGUGUGUUGUGUGUUUUGUGGCUUCAAAUUAGAAAAUAAAACUUGUUAUUCGUA